AUGCAAAAGAAGCAACUUUAGUUAAAUGGAUUUAAUCAUCCUAAAUGUCUUACUCAAAGUAGAUCUCCAAAAUACUCAGCAAAACCUGUUGAACCUUAAAUAAUUAAAUAAAUCACCUAAUUGAUUAAAAGCUCAAAAGACAGACACACCGAAAGACAAUACAAACCCUCAGAAAAAUCAAUGCCAAACUAAGUGAUUCAUGCUCAAAUUACCUCAAGACCUGCUGAAUGUAGAGAUACUUCAACAACCUUCCAUUAAUUGUUGCAAGAUUUCAGAAAUCAAAAUAAACAAAAUAAGGAAAAUUCAUUUAAUAAUAUUAAUAAGCCUUCUCAAAAAGUUAGAUAAAUCAGUUUCCCAAAUACGGUUCUUCUUAGCAAUACAAACAGCAGAACACGUAUAAAGGACAGUAUGUAUUUGAAUUAAGGAGAUUGCAAUGACAAAUUAACUCUGAAAUUACAGUCCAUAGCUCAAACUUCAUAAAUCUAAAAUAACGAAAAGUUACGAUUCAAUGGAGUUAUCGAAAAUAUGUAUCGUUGUUCUUAAGAAUAUCAAAACUUAUUAAUUGAAAUGAAAGAUGAUUUGAAAAAUAAAGAUUCUCAUUUUAGAAAAAGCUCCCAAAGAUGCGUUUCUGCUGAUUUGUAAUUACUAUCGAAAAGUCCCUUUGAAAAAUCUAGAUCUUCCUCUAUCGACCAUAAAGAAUCUAGAUUUCUUGGCUCUACUUAGGCUAAUUCAAAUCCAAAAGACUUAGAUUUGACUUGUGAUGAGAAUGAAAUUGUGAUUAAUAAUGUGAACCUAGAGGAGAGAAUCAAAACAGAGCCUGACCCUUUAAUUUAACAAGAGAGGGAAUAUCUAACAGAUCCAUAUUAUUUGACUGAGUAGAGUGAUAUCAAUCAGCUCAUGAGGGCUAUUCUUAUCGAUUGGAUGAUGGAAGUGGCCAUGGAAUUCAGAUUGAAGAGAUAAACUUUUCACCUGGCUAUCUUCUACUUAGAUUCAUAUCUAUCAAAGAGAUAGGUUAAUAAAUAAAAUUUAUAACUGAUUGGUUUAACUAGUUUAUUGAUAGCAAACAAGGUUGAGGAAGUUAUCCCGAUUGGAGUUAAGCAAUUUGAGAAGGCUGCUAAUUACGGUUAUACAAAAGAUGAAAUCCUAAAUAUGGAAUUAACCAUUCUGUUUACUUUGAAAUGGCAUGUCAAUCCUCCUUCUUAUACAUACUGGAUAAAUUGGUUUACAGAUCAAUGGGAUAUUUAUGCAGAGAAUUAUGGGUUGAAUGUUUAAUUUAGAAAACCAAAUGAAGAAUCUUAUCAAUUGUUUAGAAAGCUAUGCUAAUUGGUAGAUUGCACAUUGAUGGACAUUUAAACUUUGCAGUAUAUGCCAAGAACUAUAGUUGCGUCAUUCAUGUACUUGAUCAUUUCCUUCUAACUUAACGUAUAUGACUAGGACAUGCUUGAAAUAAUGUCAUAAACUUCGAUGUUUCUAUUAAAUAAGGAUAAUUAAUUUAACGUUAUUUUUGGACAAUUUGUACAAACUACCUUUGGAUUUGCCUUAUAAGACAUCUUGCCAGCCAUUCAAUAUGCUGUUGGGUUCUAUGAGCUUAACAUUAAUUAUGAGACACCCCCUGGAGUUGUGGAUUUAUCAAAUACACCUUUAGAAUCAAACUAUGAAGAGUUUCUUUCAUUUCAAUGCUAUUCAAAAUCCUUACUUGAAUUUAUUAGACACAAAUCAAGAGAUUGA